UUUUUUUUUUUCUUUAUUCUUUUACAUUCUUCACUAGAAUUAUUAAAUCAUGUCAUACCCUGGAAAUUAUGGUACUGGUGGAUAUCCUCCUCCUAUUCACACACCAAAUUACCCACCACCUCCACCUCAACAGAGUUAUCCUCCUCCCAAUUAUCCUCCUCCUCAACAAGGAUAUCCUUCUCACAACUAUCCUCCUCCUCCUCAACAAGGUUAUCCUCCUCCCAAUCAUCCUUCACCUAAUCAAGCUUAUCCUCCACCUAAUUAUCCUCCUCCUCAACAACAACAUGGUUAUCCUCCACCACCGCCUCAACAAUCUUAUCCAGGUUCAUCUUCUCAUGGCAACUAUCCUCCUCCUCCUUCUUCUGAUGGUAGACAAGGUUAUGGAUCAAAUACUUAUUCACCACCACCUCCACAAACGAAUAAUCCGAAUUACAGACCUUAUCCCAACAAUGAACAAAUUCGACCACCUACUUAUACUGGCCAAGAUCCUGUAUUCCGUCCUUCUGAUCCAUCAUUAUCUCAAGCAAACUAUUCUCAACCUCCAAACUCUGUGCAUCAACCUGCUCAACCAGCACCCUAUGCUCCAUCUCCCAGUAAUCAAGGUGCCAAUCAAUUCGUGAUGCAUGUGAAUCCUAAUAUGCAAAAUGUCCCACCUCCAAAUUUCUUACUCUCCAAUUGUCAAGGUCGUAAACGAGCUCUAUUGAUCGGCAUCAAUUAUUUCAGAUCGAAAAAUGAACUACGUGGUUGUAUCAACGAUGUCCAAAAUGUAAAAUUAUUCUUGAUCCAAUUGUAUGGUUUCCGUGAAGAAGAUAUGGUUAUAUUGACAGAUGAUCAAACUGAUCCACGAUUCAUCCCUACCCGGCAAAAUAUGAUCAGUGGAAUGCAAUGGCUAGUGGCCAAUGCGCAACCAAACGACUCAUUCUUUUUCCACUUUAGUGGGCAUGGUGGAAGUGUGAAAGAUCAAGAUGGUGAUGAAGAUGAUGGUUAUGAUGAAACAAUUUAUCCUGUCGAUCAUGAUCGUUAUCCGGGAGAAACUGGUCAGAUUAUUGAUGAUGAAAUGAAUGCUAUUAUGGUACGACCUUUACCUAGGGGUUGUCGAUUGACUGCUAUAUUUGAUAGUUGCCAUAGUGGAACUGCAUUGGAUUUACCCUAUGUUUAUUCGACUCAAGGUACACUGAAGGAACAAAAUAUGUUCAAGGAUGCUGGAAGUGGUCUGAUGAAAGCUGGUAUGGCUUAUGCGUCUGGUAAUGUUGGUGGAGCGCUUUCUUCUUUAAUGUCCCUUGGAAACAAGGUGAUGACUGGCAAGAAAACGGAUGAACGUAUCAAGCAAUUCAAGGGUUCCGAAGCGGAUGUCAUCAUGUUUUCUGGAUGCAAGGAUGAUCAAACAAGUGCUGAUGCUGUUAUCAACGCUAGAGCAACUGGUGCCAUGUCUUAUUCUCUUAUCACUGCACUACGUGCGAACAAGAAUCAAUCUUAUCUUCAAUUACUAAAUUCAAUUCGUGCUAUUCUUCGUGAAAAAUACUCCCAACGUCCUCAGUUUAGUUCAAGUCAUCCUAUUGAUACAAAUUUAUUAUUCAUUAUGUAAUGGUUUAUAUAAUUUAGUUUAUUACUCUUUUUUUUAUGGAAAAAAAAAUAAAAUAC